ACCCAAAUACCCAUCUCGAUCCCCACGGACUGCCCGUAAAAAUUGCAUAUUUCAAAACCAUGGGAUCUGAAUCUCUUGUUCAUGUCCUACUUGUUUCUUUUCCCGGCCAAGGCCAUGUGAACCCUUUGCUUAGGCUUGGCAAGCGCCUAGCCUCAAAGGGCUUGCUUGUGACCUUCACCACACCUGAAACCACCGGAAAACAAAUGAGGAAAGCAAGCAACGUGAGCGAGGAGCCAACCGCAGUUGGCGAUGGUUAUAUCCGGUUUGAAUUCUUUGAGGACGGAUGGGAUGAGGAUGAACCGAGACGUCAAGAUCUUGACCAGUACUUGCCUCAGCUGGAGAAAGUGGGAAAAAUAGUGAUUCCUGAAAUGAUCAAGAGAAACGCGGAACAGAACCGCCCUGUUUCUUGUCUCAUCAACAACCCCUUCAUUCCUUGGGUGUCUGUUGUCGCGGAGAGUCUCGGGUUGCCCUCGGCGAUGCUUUGGGUGCAAUCUUGUGCUUGUUUUGCAGCUUAUUAUCAUUAUCAUCACGGGUUGGUGUCGUUUCCGAGUGAAACUGAUCCUGAGAUUGAUGUUCAAUUGCCUUCUAUGCCCCUUUUGAAGUACGAUGAAGUUCCUAGCUUCUUGCAUCCAACUACCCCUUAUCCUUUCCUGAGGAGGGCUAUUCUUGGUCAGUACAAAAGCCUUGAUAAGCCUUUCUGCAUAUUGAUGGAGAGCUUCCAAGAACUCGAACCUGAAAUCAUCGAGUAUAUGUCUAAGCUCUGUCCCAUCAAACCUGUUGGUCCACUCUUCAAGAACCCUAAAGCUCCAAACAGUGCCGUCCGUGGUGACCUUAUGCCUCAGGCUGACGACUGCAUCGAUUGGCUCAACACCAAGCCACCUUCCUCUGUGGUGUAUAUCUCCUUCGGAAGUGUCGUCUACUUAAAGCAAGAACAGGUGGACGAGAUUGCUCAUGCUUUGUUGAACUCCGGUAUUACUUUCUUGUGGGUGAUGAAACCGCCACAUAAAGAUUCCGGUUAUGAGCUCCUCACACUUCCGGAGGGUUUCUUGGAGAAAGUUGGGAAUAAUGGUCAGGUGGUUCAAUGGAGUCCCCAAGAGAAGGUGUUGGCUCACCCUGCGGUUGCCUGUUUCGUGACUCACUGCGGUUGGAACUCGACCAUGGAGUCCCUCUCUUCAGGGAUGCCGGUUGUCGCCUUUCCUCAAUGGGGUGAUCAGGUGACGGAUGCCGUGUACUUAACUGAGGUGUUUAAGACUGGAGUGAGGAUGUGCCGUGGAGAGGCAGAAGAUAGGAUUAUUGCAAGGGACGAAGUUGAGAAGUGUUUGAAAGAGGCCAUGGUGGGGCCCAAGGCAAUGGAGAUGAAGCAAAACGCCUUGAAGUGGAAGGCAGCGGCGGAGGCGGCCAUCGCCGAGGGUGGUUCUUCCGACAGGAAUUUGCAAGCGUUUGUGGAUGAGGUGAAGAGGAGGAGUAUGGAAAUUGCAGCUGGAAAGUCAACCAAAGGGGUGGGUGGGGAUUUGACCAAGAAAUCAACGGAAAACGGGAAGGUAGAGGUGGAGGCUUGAGGUUGGUGGACACGUGUGCAGAAACUAUUGGGC